UGCAGUGAAUCCAGGACACCAGGAAGCCCGAUUCCCCGACAUUAAAGGACAUUUGGCCCACAUAAUCACUUACUGCUGAGAACAGCGGAUAUCACCAUUCACUAUGACCAUGAUUGACGCUUCAUCCAAAUACCAGGACUUCAUCUCUACCAGGAAUCUGAUCCGACCAGGACAUCCUGCUGUCUACCAGCUGAGAACAAAGAAAGAGGAGUUUGGAUCUCUGACCAGAAUGACUGUUGGAAAAAAAGAUGUGAACAAAAUCAAUAAAACCAUCUUACUAGUUGGAGAAACAGGAACAGGAAAAUCUACUCUGAUCAACGCUCUGGUCAACUACAGCAUGGGGGUGAAGUGGGAGGAUGGAGUCUGGUUUCAGAUCGUAGAGGAAAAGGAGGAGAAGAGAAGUCAGACAGAGAGUCAGACAUCAGAUGUGAUGAUGUACCAGAUCUUUGGGUUUGAAGGUAAAAUUCUGCCCUACUCUCUGACCAUCAUCGAUACUCCUGGAUUUGGAGACGCCAGAGGAAUCAAACACGAUGACAAUGUCAGUCAGAAAUUAUCAGACUGGUUUAGAUCAGAGGAUGGAGUUCAUGAAGUUCAUGCUGUGGGUCUGGUGAUGAAGGGAAGUGAUAAUCGACUGAGUGACCGACUGAUGUACGUCUUCAACUCAGUGACGUCUCUGUUUGGAAAAAACAUGGAGAAAAACAUUGUAGUUCUCAUCACACACUCAAAUGGAAGAAAACCUAAAAAUGUUCUUGAGGCUCUUGAAGCUGCAAACAUUAAAUGUUCCAGAGAUGAGAAGAAACAACCUGUUUACUACCUGUUUAAUAACUCUCAGCAUGAAGACCGAACAGAGGAGGAGGAGGAAUUACUCAAAGCCCAAUAUUUAAUAUCAGAGAGAGGAAUGAGUCAGUUUAAUUUGUUUCUAGAAAAAACUGGACCUCAGAAACUGGAGGAAUCUGGGGAAGUUCUGAAUAAUCAUAUCAGACUGGCAGCCUGCAUCCAGAACCUGCAGGACAUAAUCAAACAGACUGCACUGAAACAGUCAGAAAUCAGACAGAUUGAAGAAGCUCUAAAGAAGCAUGAAGAAGAGAUGAAGGAGAACCAGAACUACACUGUAGAAGUUGAUGAGGUCUACAAAGAGAAAGAAGAGAUUGGUGGUGGAAGAUGGUUGGUGUUUUAUAAAGGAGCAGUCACCUGUAAAGUGUGUGAGGAGAACUGUCAUUUUCCUGGAUGUACGAUGGCCUGUAGACCAGAACACUGUAAGGUCAUGAAAAAAGGACGCUGCACUGUUUGUACCAGGAAGUGUCCUGCAUCAGAUCAUGUGAAAGAAAAGAGGAGAUAUGUCAGCAAGACCAGGAAAGUUCAGAAGACAAUGGAAGACAUGAAAGAAAAGUAUGAAAGAAGUAAAACAGAAAGUCAGAGCAAGUCUACCCUCUUGGAGAAUCUUGGAGAAGAAAUGAAGAAGCUGACAACAGAGAGGUCUCAGCUGCUGGAUGAAGCCUACCAACACCUUGUUAAACUGGAGGAGAUCGCCCUCAAUGUUAAUUCUGUCUCCACUUAUGUCCACUUGGACUUCCUGAUUGAGAAGAUGAAGGAGGAAGGAGACAAAGAGAAGGUCCAGAAACUGGAGAAGAUGAAGAGCAGAGAGGAUGAAGGAAGCAGAGCAGCUCUGCUGUACAAACAGAAUCAGUGAAGAUGGAGAACAUCAUCAGUCUGACCUGUCAGCCGUCUUCUCUCAUUAAACUUAUUAUUUCCAGGCUUUGGUGAAGGUGAUGUUCAUUUAAUGAAAUAAAUAGAUGGUGGAGGAGAAUUCAGAACAUUAACUUCUGUAACAUUUAAACUAAAUAAAAGAAAAAUACUUUAUUACAAAUGUUUAAAAUAUGUUAGAAACUUUGAAAUACUUUUGAGUUGAUAAUUAGCAUGUUAAUCAAGGAACAUAUAAUAAAAUCCCCAUUACUAGGUUGUGUUUGGUGAUUUAUAAGAAGUAUUUAGCUGCUGUAGCUGGUUCAGGUGGAGGUUUUAUCUCUUAAUUAUAUUAUUUCUCAGGAAUAAAUACAUUUUAUCUGCUGCAGAUUUUCUGCAGCUGCAGGUUGCUGCACAUCAUCUAAAUAUGUUACUCUGAUUACUCAGCAAGAUCCUGUUCCUGGACUGGAUCCAUCACGUUUGUUCAUGUUUGCAAUGACCUGAUGAUUUAUUUUAGAUUUUAGCUUUAAUGGAAAUAUUUAGACCCGUUUCUGUUCUUCAUAUGUAAUAUUUCACAUGUUCUCUUCUUCCUGUUUGAUGCAGAUUUCUGUGAAUCCUGAAUAAAGUUUCUGUUGAGAUCAGUUUCCAUCAGCUGCUUUCAGUCUGUUCAAAGUUCUGCUGAACUG